GAAGCAUUUUAUGCUACACAACCACUUUGUGUCAGUCAUUCGAACGAGAAAUACAAAACAACACGUACUCAUUUUCAUCGACGAAUAAGAAAACAAAAAACUAUCAUCGGUAAUGGAUAUGGAUCCAGGCGAAGGUACUUCAGAUGGUCGUGUACGACGCAGGACGGACUUUGUUGCAGUCGAAAUAAAGCAAGAGGCAGAAAUCAAGGUAGAACCAUCGGAUGACAAUGAAUUCGGUUUGGUGACACGUUCGAAUGUAAGGUUUGCAGCAGAUGCAGUGGAAGUGACGUUAAGCAUCGAACUGGCGGACGAGUCUGAAUUGGAUUUUCUUCCGGACUUUGAUUUGAAUGGUGUGAAAGAUGAAAUCAAGUGCGAAGAAGGGAAGUCAGAAAAAGAGAAUGAUACGUUAGAGAAUUCUAGUUUGGAAGAAGGUGAACUGAAUGCUCCUGACGGCGAAGACGGUGAGUCAGAGGUCAAAUCAAACGUCAACCGAAAGAGAUCUAAGACAAAUGGCAAAGGAAAGAAACGUGACGGAUCGAAAAAACAAAACAAACGGAAGAUUCUGAGGAACAAGGCGGCGAAGAAACGGUCGGGGCACAAGUGUCAUGUGUGUGGUCAUGUUGCAUCGAAAAAAUGGAAUCUCGCCAGACACAUUCGUAUUCACACAGAAGAAAAAACAUUCGUAUGUCCAGUGUGUUUUGAAAGUUUUGCGCGAAAAUUCACUUUGAAUUGUCACUUGCGAACUCACACCGAAGAGCUUCCCCAUUCUUGCCUGAAAUGUGGUCAACGAUUUACCAUCGAAGAGGUCAAACAAUCACAUGAAAAGCGCUGCAAAGGACGUCGAUUCGAAUGUUAUCUCUGUGAAUACAAAAGUUUCACCAGUCACAGUCUCAAAAGACAUAUGCAAUCAAAACACACCGGUGAACGUAAAUUUCAAUGUGAAGUAUGCGGGAAGAAAUGUAUCUAUAAAGGUGAUCUCAAUCGACAUUUGGCCACCCAUCGUGAUCAGUUCCCAUUCGGUUGUACCAACUGUCGCCGAGGAUUCACGCAAGCAGAGGAUAAAAUAGCACACGAGGAGAUCUGCGAUCGACGUCAAUAUCAGUGUUACAUAUGCGAAUAUUCCACACUGCAAACGACCAACCUACGUUAUCAUAUACGAGUCCAUCAUACAGGGGAGAAACCGUUCGAGUGCAAGUGGUGUGACAAGUGUUUCAUUCGCAAGGACAAGGCCGAAUCGCACAUGAAACGCAUUCAUCAAUCCAAAAAGUAAUUCUGUGAAGAACAUACAUAACUGUUCUAUUCCGUUUGAAAUUUACAUCUUUGCUUGAUUAAAUAACACUAUCUGUUGACUAGAAUUAAGAAAUGUCAAUAGACUUAAACAUUAUUAGAAUCCUCACAAUAAAAUUUUGAAGAAAUCUGUUUGAAUGACAUUUUUCACCAACAAUUUUCCAAUUGAAUCAAGUUGAAGCGAUUAUGCAAGAAAUUUAUCCGUUAAAGUUCAGAAUGUAACUUUUGAUUUUUACCUGCUGAUUCAAUAAAAGUUGAAAUUAAAAUUCAUUUUUUAUUAGCUCUGGCCUUGUCCCUCUUCUGAUCGAGUUUAUUUCAACUGUGCCAAUGUAAUUACAAGGACAUAAGUUUACCCUACAAGAAUUUUGCGAUACAUUGAGGUUUACGUCGACAUUUCGCCGUAAAACAAAACCUUCCCGUGAUAUUCCGCAUUGCGAUAGGUUUUUCAAUGUACAGGUUUACGCAUAAUCAUUACGCCGACAUAUCUGCGACAUAUCGCAUUGCGUAAACCUGUAAAUUCGAAUUGUAUCCAACUUCAUUACAUUGAAAACAUAAUUUCAAAUGGUUUUAUUCAAACUUUUCAUGUUGCUCAUCGUUGCUAAUAAGAAAAAAAAACUUAUUCAAAAUAAUUAUUAAGUAGA